GGGGGAGGGGAGGGAGGGACUCCCAGCCCAGCCCAACUCCUGGAGAGGGGCCCAUAGCACACGAGUUACACCUACAUACUAUAUAUAAGCUCUACAUAAAGGGAGAGGUCAAGAGAAGGGACUCGGAAAGGCAAGUGACUAGAGAUGGACGCAGGUGUUCGUUCACUUUUCCAUUCAACUUUCCACAAGGGCUUAUUACGCACCUGCUGUGUGGCAGGUGCUGACACACAGGAAGGCACUGGGGAAGGGGCAUAAAGGCAGGCGCAGAGAGUUAUUCAUUCAUUACUGGCAAUGUGUGUGCUUAACUGCCAGGCAUUGUGCUGAAUGCUGAGCAUACAGAGGGAGGAAAACAGUCAGGGUCCGGGACAUCUUCAGAGUUGCAUCUUGCACAUGAGACAGACAUUAAUCCGAGAAUUAUGUACACAUACAAGAGAUUACAGUUAGGAUGUAGGAGAAACCCGAGAUCCUCCAAAAUGCUCUGUGAGGGAGGGGGCUAACCCAGUUUAAGUUUUAGUAGACACUGAAAGGAUGACAAGGAGACAGCUGGAGCUGGGGCCAUGUGUCCCAGGAAGAGAACAGCAUAUGCCAAGGCCCUAGGGCAGAAAGGAGCUUGCACAGUAUGCUGAAGUGUAGUGAGCCGGGUGGAGAGAGGAGCCUGGAGACAGGACCAGAUUGUGCAGGAACUUGUAGGUUGGGUUUUAUUCAUAGGGGGCUGUGGAUGGCUUUAAGCAGGAGCACAGCAUGAAUGGUGCAUAAAGGAAAGGCAGGAGCCUAGCUGAGUACGGAGCAGAGGCAACUAAAAUACGGCAUCACACAGUCACUGGUCUUCCAAGCCGGUGCUGGUGGCAGAGAGGACGCAGUCACACAUGCUGCAGCACAGGCAUGGUGUCGUGUGCAGGAGAAUCAGACAGCAAUCCAGGUUUCACUAUUUUCUCCAGCCGCUGGCAUUCGGGUGCAUGUGCUCUGGUCCCAGGCAGGAAGUUAGGGACCCCAGAGGUGCAACAAACCCCUCACUCUUCCCCAGGAGCUGAGCACUGUCAGGAAGCACAGCCCAGGCAGGGAAGCGAGCGUGGUGACUGGGACCACGAUGGGCCCCAUGGAACACGGAGGACAGGGUGGCCAGGUGUGGGCAGGGAAGACUCCCUGGAAUGUGAUGCCCAGUCUCGGUCUUCAAAGAAGCACGUGUCUCCUAGGUGAUGAAGGGGACAAGGAAGUCUUUCUGGGCAAGAACAGCUGGGGCAGAAGCCCAGGGAAGAGGAGCAGCGUGAUGUUUUGGGAAAAGUGCUGACGCCUCUGGGAUGCUGAAAUCCAGGGUCGAGGAAUAGGUCAGGCGGGGAAGUACCAUAAGCCAGGGUCUAACAGUGCCUGAGUCACAGACCAGCCGGAGGCUUCCUAAGGGCAGUGGAGAGGAUGACAGUUGAGGGGGGUAAAGGAAGUGGGUGUGCUGAGGAAGGGAUGGAGUUGAAGGUCACCGAGAGGGCAGGGUGCUUCAUUUCCCUUCAUUUGCUCAGCAAGUAUUUCCUGUGAUGCUGGGUGUAGGGAACUUCCCAUCCCGUCCUGUGCUCCAGGGGCUCCCAGUCUGGUGGGGAGAGAGACAGGGCUCAGCUGCACAAGGCAGGACCUGGUUAGUGAGGUACCAUGAGGUCAGGGUGACCUUGGGAAUAGGAGACAUCAGAAGUGGGACCGAGGAGGGAGGGGAUCAGAGUGGGCAUUAGAAAUUUGCUUGGGGGCCUGUGUGGAAGAGUUAGAAAUGGGGGCAGGGGAGGCUGGAGUGGGCGAGCCUGGGAGGAAUUCUGUGAUGGUGGUUUCAGGAAGGAGAUGCUGGAAAAUGUAGAGAGGAUAGAGUCAGUGAGACUAGAUAAGACUUAAUCUGAUGCAUGGAGAGAAGAGGGGCGGGGAGGUGAGGAGAGGGCCAGGCAGAGGUGCAUUCGAGGGGACGACUGAGGGGGAGGACAGAACUGGCUAGGGGAUGAUGGAUUCUGCAAUCCAAAGGCCAAACAGCAAGAAAGGUGGAGGGUGGGCCGAAGGAAGAGUGAGAUGGGGGGGUGCAGAAGAGACCCAAAACAGGUGAGUCCUAGAGAUGGGAAAGGCGAAGACUUAGGAGAUUCCGAGAGGGAGAAACUGAAAACAAGAUGCGCAAGCCUUCACAGUAUUGGAGAAUUGCCGAGCGCUGACCUGUUCAAGGCCCAGUCUAGGCCCACAGGGUAUGGUGAUGAGCUGACAAGGGCCUGCUCUCGGGCUCCCAGGAGGCACGUGCAAUACACACUGAAGAGUGCUUGAGAAGUGAAACAGGAUGACAGAUCAGGGCGACUAGAUAAGCUGUGUCAAGAGGUCCUGACUGCCAAGUAGUGUUUGAACAGAAAUGUGCAUUCUGAGAGGGCAGGGGAGGAGAGAAGGGCUCGGGACAGGAACCCUGGCCACCAAAGGUGGCAGAAGAAGCCUGAGUAAAACCAGACUUCCAAGGAGGCCUUUGUGAGCAGAAUAAACAAGGGCUAGUUGACUGGGUUAAGAAGUCCCAAGUGCAGAGGGCAGCUCAGGCCUUGUAGCCUGGGAAGGAAUUUGAACUUUAUUCUGGGUUUGAUGAGAAGCCUUGGGGAGCUCUGAGCACAGGCAUGCUGGGAUCAUAUUUUUGUCUAAACAAAACAAUAGCAGAACUGUGGUGUUGUGCUGGGAAUAGACUUGGGGGGUCAAAAGCAGAAGCAGGGAUUGGGAUUUUGGAGGUGAUGCCUACCGUGGUGGCAAGCCAGCUGUACAGGGAGGUAAUGAAGCCCAGGGAAGGGGAGAGAGGAUUCUCCGGGUGGGUGCUGCGGCCAGGAAGGGGGAGGCAGGGUUUGGUGGUAGGAAUCCAGGGUUGUCGUAGGGAUGUGUCAGGUGGGGAUGCCUUUGGGAAGUCCGAGUAUGGAGCAACCAGUUGGAGACAUCAGAUAGGAGUGGUUAAAAGAUCGUGGCUGGAAAUACAAGUCUUGGAAACGUCAGCAGAUGGAGGCAUGGAAAGCCACAGAAUGGGAUGGUAACUUAGCAGCUGCGUGCAGGUAGAGUGACCCUGGCAAGAGUCUUAGGGGGACAUCUACACUGGGGGAGAAGAGCAGGUAGCAAAGGGAGCCAAGAAGGAGUGACCGGAGGCUGGCAGGAAGCCGGAGAGUCCUUGAGGGCCUAAGCACAAGCAUUUCAAGAGGAGGAGGAGGGGGCUGGGGUUUGGCUCCGUGGUGGAGCGCUUGCCUGGUAUAUGGAAGGCUCUGGGUUUGGUUCUCAGCACUGCAAAUAAAUACAUAAAAUAAAGGUCCAUCUACAAUUAAAAAACAUACAUAUGUAUAUGGAGGAGGAGGGGCCAGCUGUGCGGAAGCUGCUGCGGAAUCGGAGAAGAUCUGGGAGCAAGUGACCAGUAGGUUUGCAGAGUGAUCCUGGCUGAUGAUCUGGACAGAGCUCACUUCAGCUCAGAGGCAGGGACAGAAGCCCUUACCGGGGAAGAGGGAAAGGGAAUAGAGGCAAUUAAAAUGACCCAGACAAGGAGAGGAAGACGGGAAAAGGCACCCUGAAAUCAGGGAGCUAUUACAGCGGGCAGGAGUGAGAACAAUGGGGUGACCCCGGCCAGCGGGAGAGUUCAGGGGUGGUGAACAGAGUCCGAGGACCCCAGCCAGGCCUCUUCUGUCCUUUGCUGCUGCUCAUGCAGGCUCUGGGACUCUCUGGAGCCUGGGAAGACCCAGCAAGGCAAAGGGAAAGAAGAGGUUUCCUUUAUUUUCUGAAACGAAAGUCCGUUCAGACUCCCAGUUGCCAGAACCUGUGAUCAAAGAGCUGUGUGUGCCCCUGAGGGAGAAAGGCAGCAGAAUACAGAGGUGGUGUGCUCUGCUGGGGGAAGCAGGUACCUUCCCAGCUCCGUGGGGGUGUCCACGAGGCCGGUGCUUCCUCAUCACAGUUCCCUGGCCAGUCCUGUGCUCACUUGUUCAUUCACAUCACCUACCACACCUUAUAAGGCUGCCUGUGUACCUGGCCAUGAGCUGGGUGGUGCAGAGGUUGCCCCUGACCCCUGACCCAAUCUAGUGGGAGAGCCAGACACCUUAGCAGACAGUCGCACCCCAGGGCAUUGGGGGCUCCAAGGGAAGAGCACAGAGCAGGGGCAGGCAGGGAGGGGUGCCCCAGAGCCCUGGUCAGCUGGCAUUGGGCCUACCUGGAGCAGCAUCCUGCGUGGAGGUGGAUGGCAGGUGGGUCCCACCUGGGCAGUCUGUAGAAGGGAGGGGGUGAGGGGUGAUGACCAGGCCCUGCUGCCAUGCCACACGGCUGUCCCUGCCCCUGCUCCUGGGGGAGCUGAAACUGCAUGGAAGGUCCCCCAGGGGUGCCCUGAAAAUAAAUUCAUGAAGAGGACGGCUGCCGUGGUUCACGUGUCCCCAAGCCUGGCCCUUCCCUCACCCUUUUAUCUUCUGGGAUCUGAGGGCCAAACCCCCAGAAUCCAUCCAUCCUUUUAAGACCCUGGGUUCUGGCCCAUCUCCCCCAGGCACAGGGUCCAGGCCCCAGUCCCCCUCCCCCAGGCCCAGCCCCCUCCCUCAGACCCAGGGUCCAGGCCCAGUGCCUACCCCUCAGCCCCUUCUGUCCUAGUGACACGGCACUCCAGCUUCCCAGCCCUGCCUGCUCUGGACAGAAACCCGUGGUUCCACUGUCCCGUCCUGUCCCUCCAUGUGGGCGUCUGUAGUUGGGACUUUCAGCCCCGCCCUUGACCCUUCAGGAAAUCCAACUCUGGGCUUCAGCGGCUUUAAGACCAGUCCCAGCCCCUCCUCUCCCCCACCCCGCCCGGGUUGUCCCCUUAAAAUACCCGGGAUCCCUAUGGCAACAGGCGCCGGCGACAGGUGCGGGUGUUAUUUACGGGUCGAGCCCGAAAUAGCCGGGAGGGCGAGGGGAUGGGCGGGCGGGGCGAGGCCGGCGGACGGACGAGCGGGCGGAGGCCGAGCAGAGCCCACGGGUCGAGGCAUUGCGGAGCUGGGGUCGGCGCGGCGCCGAGGCAGGAGAGCGAGCGGGGCCCCUGCCCCGGAGGCCGGGGAGGGAGGCCCGAGGGGGUCGCGAGGCCUGGAGCUGAGCCAAGAGCCCUCGCAGCCGGGCAGGCCCUGGGAGCCCGGGGGAGGGGGGGGGCAGAGUGAUCCCCAAGGAACGAGUCCCUUCCGGGUCCCAAGAGUCCUGUCAAGUCCAGGAUCCCUUCCCCUGCUUUCUGAGCCUCAGUGAGGACCACGGCUCCUCAAGCUGAACCCAGCGGGGAUUCGCGGUUCCCUUCUGAGCAGCGUACCCCAGACUCCUUUAUGGACGCCCAGCCACGUCCCUUUUGGACCUCAGCAGGGAGUUUCCGGCUUCUGAGAUCUCUUUUGAGCAACUAGGGAGACUCCCUUUCCCUUUUGCUGAAUUCCAGAAUUCCUCUGAACCCCGCUGAUCUGCGGUGAAUGCUGCGGCUCCCUGGCUUCUCUGAGACCCAGACCUAGCUCUUACCCUCUGUUCCCCAGAGGGGCCCCAAGCCCUCCCUCCUCAAACUCUGAGCCCAGAGGAUCCGGGCCACAUCUCUCAAACACACAGCAGGGCUCAGCUCCCUUUUCUGGGCACCCCAGACUCGGAGCCCUAGUGGAGACCCCAGAGGAGUGCCUCUGAGCUCGGGUGGGUGCUCGGGUCUCCUGCCACUGCACCCCCAGGCGCCCCCUGGUGAGGUGAGCCUCAGGGCACCUGCCUUCUCCCGGCUUGGUUCUCUUUGCUGAGUUGCGUGAGCAGCCCCUGCUCCUCCUGGAGGCUUCCCCUGCCUGGGGUCCAGGUUUCUCGACUUCCGAGCCCCGGAGGACACCUGACUCCACCAUUUGAGGUUCAGCUCUUCCUCUCUCAUCAUCCAGCACCCACUGAGCCCCGGCUCCCUUCAAGGUCCCAGGCUGUGCCAGGCCCCUCCUCCCGCCCCUCAGGACCCCUCCUCAGCUCUGCCUGCUUGGACCUCCCUGAGGCCCGUCUGCAGCCAGGAUGAUGAUGUGGUCCAACUUCUUCAUGCAAGAGGAGGACCGGCGGCGGGCCGCUGCAGGCCGGCGGCGUGCCCAGGGGCAGAAGGGAGUCCUCCUGACACCAGAGCAAGAGGGGAAGAUUAAGCUGGUGCUGCUGCUGGUCUCCAUAGGUGCCACACUGGCCGUGCUGGCCGUGGGCACAGAGUUCUGGGUGGAGCUCAACACCUACAAGGCCAACAGCAGUGCCGUCUGUGACGCCGCCCACCUGGGACUGUGGAAGGUGUGCACCAAGCGACUGUGGCUGGCGGACGUGCCCGAGGGCCGUGAGACCUGUGGCCCUGCCGAGCUGCCUGGAGAAGCCAACUGCACCUACUUUAAAUUCUUCACCACGGGGGAGAACGCCCGCGUCUUCCAGAGAACCACAAAGAAAGAGGUGAACAUAGCCGCUGCGGUGAUAGCCGUGCUGGGCCUGGUGGUCAUGGCCUUGGGCUGUCUCUGUGUCAUCAUGGUGCUCAGUAAAGGAGCCGAGUUCCUGCUCCGAGUUGGAGCCGUGUGCUUUGUCCUCUCAGGCCUGCUGCUCCUGGUCAGCCUGGAGGUGUUCCGCCACGCGGUGCAGGCGAUGCUGCAGGGAGCCGCCCCGGAGCCCGGCCCGGCCCCGCGCCUGGCCUAUGAGUACUCCUGGUCCCUGGGCUGCGGCGUGGCGGCCGGCCUGGUCCUGCUGCUGGGCGGGGGCUGCUUCCUGCUGCUCUCCCUGCCUUCCUGGACCUGGGGGUCGCUGUGCCCCAAGCGAGGACCCCCGGCCACCUAGAGCCUCCGCCGUGCCUCCCAGGCCCCGGAAGACCUGCCCGUCCCCCGGAGGACUGGCCCUCCCUGGGCCCCUGCACCUGCUCCCACCAGCGCCUUCUCCUCUGGGAACACGCUCUUCUCGCUCUUCUGGGUGGCUGACUUGGUGUCCUGGGGUGGGACAGGAAGAGGCUUUCUGCACCUGAGGGUUCCCUGGGGGGGCUGGGGGGACCUGAUGGGGAGACUGAGGCUGGGGUGGGUGGGGGGUCUCGGAGGGGGUCGGGCCUCCCUUUUCCAGGUCUGGACUGGUUCCCCUGCGGAGAGACUCCUGAACCUGCAGCUCGGGUGGGAUUAACUCACCGUGACCUAACUGUGACCGGAUUUGAGAUUAAAGAUUUGGAGAAGGAACGGC